GUAUCUAUAGAUUGACAUGAUUACAACAAUUAUCACAUCGAUUUGAUUUCGAUACGCUAAAGGAGUAUGUAUCAAUGGAGGAAAUUCGAGUUCUUCGAGGAGAAAUACGCCGGAAAAUGUUUGGUCCCGGAUGAAGUCGCUGGAAAAAUUGAGUGUUGUUCUAGCGGAAGGGGGAAGAUCGUGGUGGGAUGUGAAGACGGGACUGUUAGUUUACUGGAUCGAGGUUUUAAGUUCAGCUAUGGAUUCCAAGCUCACACUUCCUCUGUUCUAUUCCUUCAACAACUCAAGCAACGCAACUUCCUACUAACUGUGGGAGAAGAUGAACAAAUAUCUCCACAGUUAUCAUCUGUGUGCCUCAAGGUUUUUGACCUUGAUAAAACUCAACCAGAAGGGCCAAGCACAUCAAUUCCGGAUUGUAUCCAGAUAUUGCGGAUAUUCACCAAUCAGUUCCCAGAAGCAAAGAUAACAUCAUUUCUAGUUCUAGAGGAAGCUCCACCAAUAUUGCUAAUAGCUAUUGGACUAGACAAUGGUUGCAUUUAUUGCAUCCAAGGGGAUAUUGCACGUGAGCGUAUCAAACGUUUCAUGCUUCAAGUGGAGAAUCGCCAAGAUAAAACCCAAUGCGCUAUUACCGGAAUGGGGUUUCGUGUUGAUGGGAAAGCGUUUCAGUUAUUUGCGGUUACUCCAGGUUCUGUAAGCUUGUUUAACUUGCAGACUCAGCCAGCUAGCCGACAAACCCUCGAUCAGAUAGGAUGCAAUGUGAAUAGCGUUGCAAUGAAUGACCGCUUGGAGCUGAUCAUUGGUCGACCCGAGGCUGUAUAUUUCUAUGAAGUUGAUGGUAGAGGUCCUUGUUGGGCUUUUGAAGGGGAAAAGAAGUUCCUUGGGUGGUUUCGUGGAUACCUGUUGUGUGUUAUUGCGGACCAAAGAAGUGGCACCAACACAUUCAAUAUCUUUGACCUGAAAAACCGUUUAAUUGCACACAGUAUAGUGGGUAAAGAAGUUUCUCACAUGCUAUGUGAAUGGGGAAGCAUACUGCUAAUAAUGAGUGACAAAUCAGCUAUAUGCAUUGGAGAGAAGGAUAUGGAAAGCAAGUUGGAUAUGCUUUUUAAAAAGAAUCUUUACACUGUAGCCAUCAAUCUUGUUCAGAGUCAACAAGCUGAUGCAGCUGCAACUGCUGAAGUGCUAAGGAAGUAUGGCGAUCAUUUGUACAGCAAGCAAGACUUUGAUGAGGCUAUGGCUCAGUACAUUCAUACCAUCGGUCACCUUGAACCUUCAUAUGUGAUACAGAAGUUUCUUGAUGCACAGAGGAUUUACAAUCUUACCAAUUACUUGGAGAAGUUACAUGAGAAAGGUCUUGCUUCUAAAGAUCACACAACGCUUCUCUUAAACUGUUAUACCAAACUGAAAGAUGUGGACAAGCUGAACAUCUUCAUCAAAAGCGAGGAUGGCGUCGGGGAGCAUAAAUUUGACGUGGAAACUGCAAUAAGGGUUUGUCGAGCUGCUAAUUAUCAUGAGCAUGCAAUGUACGUCGCCAAGAAGUCUGGGAGGCAUGAGUGGUACUUAAAGAUUUUGCUUGAAGACUUGGGAAGAUAUGAAGAGGCAUUGCAGUAUAUUUCUAGCCUUGAACCAAGUCAAGCUGGGGUGACGGUGAAAGAAUAUGGUAAAAUACUUAUAGAGCACAAACCCACUGAAACUAUCAAAAUUCUCAUGGGCCUUUGCACCGAGGAAGGAGAGACAUCAAACAGAGGGACUUCGAAUGGUUCAUAUGCAUAUAUGUUGCCGUCACCUGUUGAUUUUCUCAACAUCUUUAUUCAUCAUCCAAGAUCACUUAUGAUUUUUCUUGAAAAGUACAUAAAGAAAGUAAAAGAUUCACCAGCUCAAGUAGAAAUUCACAACACAUUAUUGGAGCUAUAUUUGUCUAGUGACUUGAACUUCCCAUUAAUGUCACUAUCUAAUAUUGUUGAGAACGGUACUUCCAAACCAGAGAGUUCACUGGGAAUAGCUUCUACGUCAAGAGCCGAAUCAAAUGGGAAAUUACCUCCUGAACAUAAAGAUGUAAACACGGAAAAGGAUCAUCAGGAAAGACUUCAGAAAGGGCUUGUAUUGCUCAAGAGUGCAUGGCCAUCCGACCAAGAACAACCGCUAUAUGAUGUUGAUCUGGCUAUAAUUCUCUGUGAAAUGAAUGCUUUUAAAGAAGGCCUUCUAUAUCUUUAUGAGAAGUUGAAACUCUAUAAAGAGGUGAUUACUUGUUACAUGCGCUCACAUGACCAUGAGGGGCUGAUUGCCUGCUGUAAGAAACUAGGGGACUCAGGGAAGGGAGGUGACCCUUCUCUGUGGGCAGAUCUAUUGAAGUACUUUGGUGAACUUGGGGAAGAGUGCUCCAAAGAAGUGCGGGAAGUCCUGACUUAUAUUGAAAGAGAUGAUAUUUUGCCUCCUAUCAUGGUUUUGCAGACACUUUCCUCAAAUCCAUGUCUCACUCUCUCUGUCAUCAAAGAUUACAUAGCUAGGAAACUGGAACAUGAAUCCAAGCUUAUUGAAGAGGACCGUCGCAUGAUUGAUAAGUACCAGGAAGAAACAACAACAAUGAGAAAAGAAAUCCAAGAUCUCAGGACUAAUGCCCGAAUCUUUCAGCUAAGCAAGUGUACUGCUUGCACUUUCACCCUUGACCUUCCUGCUGUCCACUUUAUGUGUAUGCAUUCUUUCCAUCAACGUUGCCUUGGUGACAACGAAAAAGAAUGUCCUGAAUGCGCCCCUGAAUACAGAUCCGUUCUAGAAAUGAAAAGAAGCUUGGAGCAAAACUCCAAGAGCCAAGAUCAAUUCUUCCAUCAAGUUAAGAAUUCAAAAGACGGGUUUUCCGUGAUUGCUGAAUAUUUUGGAAAAGGGAUUAUUAGCAAAAACAGCAAAGGACAAGCUGGAUCUCUGAACUCAACCUCUACUUCCACCGAUGACUUCUGAGCAUAAUAGCUUUCGCUAUUUUCACUCUCUUUCAUUUGUUUCUUGGAUCUUUUUGCAGUUUGUUUUAGAAACCGACGAAGAGCGGGAGAUUGUGCCUCUUAGCCAAGAAUGGGAAUCAACGGUCUCUCUGUUCAUGAACGAAGGAGUAAUUCCGGAGGUAAUACACUGCUUUAUCUUUUUUCAACUUCUGCAGCCUCAGAUCAGAGGUGUUUUUGUGAUAUUUGAAAAGUUUUGGUGUUUCACAUUGAAUUUUAUUAUACAUGCUGUGUUUGUGACACGUUCCGUAGGGUGUGUUAUUCGAUUGGGUACUAUCGUUCAAUACAUUGAUCAGUUGCUCGGUUUGG